CAUCCCUCAACCUCCAUUUUCAAAACUACACGCUAUGUUCUAUUCCCUGCUCUCUCUCUCUUUCUCUCUCUCUAUAUCUCUCGAUCUCUUCUUCUUCUUCAAGGCGGAGUGAGUAACAUCCAAUUCGGUGUUGAGAAUGGGUUGGAUUCCAUUGAGAUUCAACCAAGAACCUGCAAACAGAUCAAAAUCUGCAGUUAAUGUCUCCCAUGGCGGUGUUGUCGGUUUGAGAAUUCUUACCCAUCAUCUUCCUCAAGGAGAUGAUCAUCUUCUCCUUUUGUCUGCAUUGAAUCUCAGAAAACCUAGAGCUCUGCAACAACCUUGCUUUCUUAAAUGGUGUUGUCUCUGCAGAAGAGCUCUCCGCCUCGAUAAAGAAGUCUACAUGUACAGGGGUGAUCAAGGGUUCUGCAGCGUGGAGUGCAGAAACCGGCAGAUUCUUAUGGAUGAGAGGAAAGAGAUAGAGAUUGCUACUAAAAACAGACUGGCUUCUCUCCGGCACCGCCGUGACGGCGGCGGCCGCCGGUGCGACGCCAGUGCUUUGUUAGACGAGUACCGACACCGGAGCAAGACGACGUUGUCGCCGUGUCCGAAUCGCCGAGCUAUUUUCACUCUCUCGUAGACUGUAACCCGUCCGGCGUGGAGAGAUCCGAAAGCGAAUGUUUCUUACUUUUUGUUUGUUUUUUGUUUUUGUUUUCCCCCUUUUUCUUUGUGGGGUAAUUUUUUACAUUUCCUUUCUUGAAACCCUUGCCAACUCAAAGGGAAUAUAAUUGUUGUAGCAUAUAAUAUAGAGCGAAUAUUACUAGUGAAUCUUGGACAAUAUUUUUUGUUGGA